GAACCUUCCAGGCGGUGCGGGCCCUGAUGAUAGUGGGGGUGGUGCUAGGGGUCCUGGGGGCCGUGAUUUCAAUGUUCUCUCUCACCUGCCUCUCGAUGACCAGCAUGGCCGACACCACCAAGGCCAAGAUGAGCCUCACCGCCGGCAUCAUGUUCAUCAUCGGCGGUGUGUGUGGCAUUGCAGGAGCUUCCAUCUAUGCCAAUCAGAUCGUGGCCAGCUUCAGGCUCUCCACCAACCCCAACUACGGAGGCAACAUGGAAGGAGGGAUGGGGGGAGGGAUGGGGGGAGGAAUGGGAGGGAUUCCCAGAUACACAUUUGGCCCCGCGCUGUUUAUAGGCUGGAUCGGAGGGGGCGUCCUGGUUAUUGGGGGCAUCCUGAAGUCCGUGGCCUUCAAGGGAAUGGUGAAAGAUGAAAAACCACAUUACCCGGGGGUAGCGUACAAGCCUCAGUCCCGCACCAAAAGCGCUCUGCCUGAUCACAAUUCAGAGGGAGCCAAGAAUUAUGUGUAACUCCUACCCUUCAAGCACCAACAUGUUAUGUUUGCUGUUAGCUUUUCACAUGCAGCAUUGUUGUGGGAUUUUAUUUUCUAGAUGCCUUUUAUGUGCAUACAAAUAUGUCUUGAUUGGAUUCAAUAUCUCUUAUGUUGUAACAGCAGUUCAAAAUCUAUGGAAGCCAUCCCGCCAGUUAAAAUGAAAAGAAUAAAACCAUGAAAAAAAGGUAUUUUUUUGGUGCUGGAUACAAAACUCUAGCAACAAGAAGUCUGCACUCUUUGAAAAGCUUCCAGCUAAUGGAAUUGUGAAGAUCUUUUGUAAGAUUUUCACAUUUUAAAAGUCAUUUUCACAAAAAUGUCUCCAUGGUUUCUAUAUUUUUACA